AUGCCUGGGUGCAAACAACAGAGUUACUUUGCUCAGGGGGUGGAGGGCAACGAGGAAGCCGACAGGGACAAAAAUUCUAAUGGGCCCGUAGAUAGGAUGGGUCGUAUGGCAUCUCAUAUUUUGAACCAACAUAGCUUCUAUCCACUGUAUCCUCCUCUCAAGGAUAUGUGUAUAGACCAUGAGCUGCUGGAACAAUUUGGCGCUUUGCACUGCAAACCACACAUUUUGGUGCUCCCCUCAAAUUUGCGCCAUUUUAUCAAGAAUAUUCAAGACUGUUUGGUAGUGAACCCUGAAAGGGUGACUAAAGGUUAUGUAGCGGGGACGUUUGCUAGAAUAGAAAUAAGCCAAGGAAGUAGCAAAUCUGUUUGUGAUCGAGCAUCAUCGCAAAUUCUCAGGGUUUGAUUACAGGUUAAUAAUUGAUACCAAAUUGAUUUGUUUGUUAGAAAUCAAUAUAUUUAAUAAAUCAUUGAAACAUUUA